AUGUUUCCACUUUUAAACGACGCUGCUAUCGAAGAGAUGCUUUAUGACUCUGGGGACGAGGGCGAUGACAACGACGAAAUCGAUACGGACUACUUUAUUGAAGAAAACCCCGAACAUUCAAGUUCCUCUUCUUCUGAUGAAGGCGAAGAAAAUGAUGACGAUAACAUACCUUUGAGUAUGCUAGCAGGAUGGCAGAAGAAGCCCUUCAAUGGCAAACCUCUUCCAGAAGAUGCUGUUCGUGACCCAGGAGAUAUUAAAACCCCAUACGAAUAUUUCGAGCGCUAUUUUACUGACGAGCUCAUGGAACAGAUGGCUUUGACCACAAAUCAAUAUUAUAUGGCCAAUACUGGUAUACAAAUGAAACCUGUUUGUUCUUUACUAGAUAUAAAGAAGUUUUUCGGAAUACAUGCCAUUGUUGGGUGUAUAAAAUUUCCAAGACUGAAGAUGAUUUGGAACGAAAAAUACAGGUACGACCCGAUUGCAAAUGCAAUGUCUAGGGAACGGUUUUUCCUUCUCAGGACAAACUUGCAUUUUGUAGACGUGACAGCGGUGAAUCAGACUGAGGAACAAACCAAAAAUAGAUUAUGGAGGGUGCAGCCUGUCAUUGAUGCCGUCCGAAAAAGGUGCCUGCAGUUGCCAAGAGAUGCUGGUAACUAUUCAAUCGAUGAACAAAUGAUACCUUUUGAAGGUCGAUGCGAUUUGAAAGUAGUCGUAAAAAACAAACCUCGUCCAGCAGGAUUGAAGAAUUUCGUUUUAACUACCUCCAAGGGACAAGUUCUAGACUUCGAAAUUUAUCAAGGCUCUACUACAAACUUACCCGAUUCGGAGCAUUUCGGAGUUGGUGCUGCUGUUGUAUUACGCUUGGCCAAUACACUCCCAGAAGGCAGUUUUAUUUAUUUCGAUAGGUAUUUUUCCUCACUGCCGUUGAUGAAAUAG